AGAGAAAAACAAAAACAAAAUGGGCAUCGAGUAGACAAGUACUAGAAAAGGAACUGUCGUAAACGAAGCGAAGUUAAGGUUAAGAUCGUUGAUGAGAAAACGAUGAAAGCAAUAGUGAUAACCUCCCCCGGCGGACCCGAAGUUCUGCAACUUCAGGAAGUAGAAGACCCUCAGCUCAACGACGACGAGGUCCUCAUAAAGGUCGAAGCCACCGCCCUCAACCGAGCCGAUACCCUUCAGAGGAAGGGCUCCUACCCUCCCCCCAAAGGCGCCAGCCCCUACCUCGGCCUCGAAUGUUCUGGAACCAUCCAAGCCGUCGGCAAAAAUGUCUCCCGCUGGAACGUCGGCGACCAGGUGUGUGCUCUUCUGAGUGGGGGAGGGUAUGCGGAGAAGGUGGCAGUGAGUGCUGGGCAAGUUCUUCCAGUGCCACCGGGCGUUUCUCUUGUGGAAGCUGCCAGUCUCCCGGAGGUCGCUUGCACUGUUUGGUCAACUGUUUUCAUGACCAGUCGUCUCUCUGCCGGCGAAUCAUUUUUGGUCCAUGGGGGAUCUAGUGGCAUUGGUACGUUUGCGAUUCAGAUUGCAAAAUACCGGGGUGCAAGAGUAUUUGUAACAGCAGGUAGCGAGGAGAAAUUAGCUUUCUGCAAGAAUCUUGGUGCUGAUGUUUGUAUCAAUUAUAAGACGGAGGACUUUGUUGCAAGAGUAAAGGAAGAAACCGGAGGGAAAGGUGUUGAUGUUAUUUUGGAUAGCAUUGGAGCAUCCUAUUUCAAAAGAAAUCUCGAGAGCUUGAAUUAUGAUGGUAGGCUUUUUAUAAUUGGCACCAUGGGAGGAGCAGUUACAGAACUAAAUCUCGGUUCUUUGCUUUUAAAGCGCCUUACUGUGCAAGCGGCCGGCUUGCGUAGUAGAACUCCAGAAAACAAAGCAGUAAUUGUUAGAGAAGUGGAGGAGAAUGUUUGGCCUGCUAUUGUGGCUGGUAAGGUGAAACCUGUGGUCUACAAAUCUUUCCCGUUAUCUGAUGCUGGAGAGGCUCACAGGCUCAUGGAGAGUAGCAACCACAUAGGAAAAAUACUGCUUGUUCCAUGAUUUCCAUGGCUGGUUUGUACUUAUGGCAAUGCUUGCUUUAAGUUUAGACUGUAAUGUAAGACCAAUGAAAGUUGGAAAUAAAUGCCAUUUUGUACGUAAA